CGCGGUGGACCUCUGGGGCCGUGCUGCAUCGCUUCUCCUCUCGCCUACUGACAGAUGAGACUAGAGCCAGCACAGCUACAGUUGAAACAACUCUAAAAGGUGCGCACCAACGGGUAAAAAGCGAAGGAGGUGGACACAAUGGGAAGCGAUAAAAGCCUAGCAUUACGUCACUGUAUUCAUCUUGGGCCCCGUUUCUCCCCCUUCGGUGGUGUUCGGCUGCCCGCCUCCCGCCCUCCCCCCGUGCAGGGAGAAGGCCAGGAAGAAGGGAGAGAGGAGGGAAGGGAGAAAGAGGAGACACUCGCGGAAGGAGGAGAGCGAGUCGGAGAGCAGCGAUGAAGACGUCAGUUCAGAAUCAUCCUCUGAGAGUGGGGAAGAGAGUGAGACAGAGAGCUCCAGUACCAGUGAGGAGGAGAGGGAGAGGAGGAGGAGGAAGAGGAAGAAGAUGAAGAAGAGGAGAAGUAGCGAAGGAAGCAGCAGCAAACACAAAAGUAAAUCAAAGAAAGAGCCCAAAAAGCACAAGACUCACAAGAAAAAGAAGAAAAUCAAGAACUUUGAAGAGAUAUCGAUCGAAGACUAUUUCAAAAAGAGUGUGGAGCUCAGAACCUGGCUUUCUGAUGAGAGAAAGAUAUUCUUUAGUGAUCUGACGUCGCAGCAAUCACACAAUCUCUUCAAAGAGUUUGUAAAGGAGUGGAACGAACAGGCCUUGCCUAAGAAAUACUACAACGGUCUUCCGAGUGCCACUUUGGAGCAUGGAAAACAGACUGGUCAUGUUUGGAAGUUCUCCCGGUCACUGGGGAAGGACGAGCUGAAAGGAGUGAGAAAGAGCGUGUCUUCGUGGACGGCCGGGGACGAUGCUGAGUUGGGCGGGGCAGAGGGUGGAGCAUCGCAAAUUGGGCCACGCCUACCAUCGGCUCCCUCGACCAGUAGUGGAGUAUUGAGGAGUCCAAUGAUAGGACCAAUCAUUGGGCCUUCACUUCCUGGAGGGAGUGUUGCCAUGGAGACGACCCCCGACCCCCACGUGGCAGAGGAGAGGUGGAGGGAGGAGGGGGAGAGGGUGAAGAGGGGGAGGAGGGAGAUGAGGAAGCAACAGGAGCUGGUCAUGGAGGAGCUCCUGCCCAAGGCCACGGGGAAGGAGGCGAGGUUUGAGAAGAAGAGAAUGCGUGCCGAGAAGAGGAGAGGGCGGGAGAUUAGUCCCGAUGUGGCUGAAUCUACUCUAAUGGGACCAAAAGUUGACAUACAUCGGAAGAUUCAGAACAGGCAGACUCAGAGGCAGAACAGAGCGCAUGCAGCUGCAGACAGAGUGGCCGAGAUUCAAGCCAAGGAGAAGUCGAGGAUGCAGGCACUGAUGGAAAUGGCCAGAGCUAACAAGAAAGAAGGCUCACUGUGGUAGCAUAAUAUAUACUUAUAAUACUGCUAACAGAACACACCACACUUUUUGCACUGUUGAUUUUUCCAUCUCAAGUGGUCUGGAUUGAAACAUAAUAAUCACACUGAAUUUGAUAGUACAAAUGUACAUAGUUAGACCAGCAAACUACAUACAAAUACAUCCGGAGAGUUCCAUCUCUAUUUGUGUUUGUGCGACUUUCUCUUCUUCAAUGAGGACGGUUGUAGUCUGUCUCUCCUGUCGUCCCGGCGAGAGCUGGUCUUGGAGAACUCUGCCUCCUGACUGACGGACGAGGCGUGGGACUGAGCAUCGCUGUUCUCUUCGACCGAGUCGUUGAGAGAGACGUCCUCAUGGUCCAGGGAGUGUGGGAGAGAGAUGCGGGGAUUGUUGGCCUGAGGUGGGGUUGGAGAAAUGUAUAAUUAUUGCUCAGACCUUUUCAAACACGGUCUGAACGCAACAGUAAAAUUAUACAAAUUCAAGGUUUUUCGUUGAGGUGAGGAUGGGGUGUGUGGGAGAAAACGGUUUACUGUGAGCUGAUGAGACUUCAUCAUUGUGGACAUCCAGUUUCUCUUAGUUACAUGGAGGACACACAUGGGUAAUAUACAUAGCUGCUUGUUCAAUCACCAAGGAGGAGAAAGGGGGGAGGGGGUUAAAAGCCAAAGCUGCACUACAGGUGGGACCUAAAGAGAGAGCUCAUGGGUAACAUACAUAGCUGCUUGUUCAUCAAAGAGAGGAGGAGGAGAAAGGUAGAGAGGGGGGCGGGGAGGGGGUUAAAAGCCACUACAGGUGGGACCUAAAGAGGGAGCUCAUGGGUAACAUACAUAGCUGCUUGUUCAUCAAAGAGAGGAGGAGGAGAAAGGUAGAGAGGGGGGCGGGGAGGGGGUUAAAAGCCACUACACAUGGGUCCUAAAGAGGGAGCUCAUGGGUAACAUACAUAGCUGCUUGUUC